UUGGAGAGAGGAAACACCAUCGCUUCUGCUUUUUUUAUUAUUAGCAGCUUUGCUUAUAGAGAGAAAAGCUAAAGAAAAUCACAGCUUUCCAUUUUAGUAGAGAGAUGGGACUCACAGGAGCGUUCUUGGUGACUCUCAUUAUAGUGGCCGUUGCCUUUCCCGCUAAUGGCUGCUCGCCGGAGGACAUAGCGGCAUUGCUAGAUUUCAAGGCAGCUCUUAACGAGCCUUACUUGGGCAUCUUCAACACUUGGACAGGCACCAAUUGCUCGGACUGGUAUGGAAUAAGUUGUGAUCCCAUUACACUACGAGUUGCCAAUAUUGUCCUCCGAGGCGAAUCCGAAGAUCCAAUUUUCGAGAAAGCCGGACGUUCUGGUUACAUGACAGGUUCUCUCUCUCCAUCUCUCUGCAAGCUUGACAUGCUCACAACUCUUGUUGUUGCUGAUUGGAAGGACAUCAGUGGUGAGAUUCCAACUUGCCUCGCUUCGCUUCAAAACCUUCGUAUUCUUGACCUCAUUGGAAACAAAAUCUCUGGAGACAUUCCAUCAGACAUUGGUCAAUUGAAUGAACUCACAAUCCUUAACCUUGGUGAAAAUCAAAUUUCUGGCUCUAUUCCUCCUUCUAUUGUCAGCCUAGGAAAAUUAAUCCACCUCGAUCUCAGCACCAAUAUGCUCACUGGAGAAAUCCCAUCGGAUAUUGGAAAAAUGAGCAUGCUGAGCCGAGCAAUAAUGAACAAUAACCAAAUUUCUGGUUCCAUCCCGACUUCAAUAGCAAAACUUUACCGGCUAGUCGAUCUGGAUUUAUCAACGAACCAAAUUUCCGGUUCAAUACCGGCUGAGUUAGGUUCCAUGCCGAUUCUCACAGUUCUAAACUUAGACAGCAACCAGAUCUCGGGUUCAAUCCCUACGAAUCUACUUACUAGCUCCGGAUUAAAUAUUCUCAACUUAAGUCGAAAUUCUUUAGAGGGAAUUUUACCUGAUAUUUUUGUUCCAACAACGUAUUUUACACACCUGGAUUUAUCGUACAACAACCUUGGAGGUUCGAUUCCUAAAACGUUGUCAUCUGCUAAGUACGUUGGACAUUUGGAUUUGAGCAACAACCACCUUUGUGGAUCUAUUCCUGAAGGAUCUUUUUUCAACUCCCUGGAGGCUUCAUCCUUCUCUAACAACGAUUGUUUGUGUGGAUCGCCUUUACUUUCAUGUUAAUAUUUUUUUGAUUUUUCUGUUUUGAGAUUUUAUUGUUUUUAUUAAUUAACCUGAAUGAUGGUUGAUUACACAUGAUUGGUUUUUGUAUUAGGGUUUUGUCACACCUCCUUUUUGCGCGCCCCAC